GGCGGGGUCGGUUGCUAAGCAGCGGGACGCGGGCCGGUGCGGGGCCGCGCUGGCGGGGCCGGGGCCGGGGCCGGGCGCGCGGCGGCUGUGGUGUGCCAAGAGGAGGCGAGUCCUUGAGGAAAAAUACUCUUUGCUGCCUCGUGUCAGAUCACUGCUGAGAAAAAUGACAGCUGGCUCUAUCUCAGUUCCUCAGGUCAUACCACUGAGAAUCCCUCUUCCAGGAAAGGCUAAACAUGAAAUAGACACAAAUACUCUUAUAGAAUUAAAAUCAGAUACGCCUGAGGUCUCCAUUUAUUACACUUUAGAUGGAAGUAAACCAGAACUCAUUAGGAAACCUGGCUAUGGAGAGCAUAACACUUUUAAGUAUAAGGGUCCUAUCGUAUUACCAGUUGGGAAAAUAAUGGUGAAGGCACUGGCAGUUACAAAGGACUGCAGGGAGAGUACGGUUGUAACAAAGGUGUUUCUGGUAGAGUACAAACAACCAAACAUCCUCUUCUCUGUUGAAGACGAUGAUGAGAAUUUCCUAAAAGAUGUCGCCACACCGGAGAGGGAAGGUGGAAUGUUUACUACAAAAUCAAAGAAGAAUGGAGUGAAUGUGGAAACCAAGCCUGCCUGGAGUGAAGCACCCCAAGAUUUUCAAGACUUGGAAACAGAAGAAAAGACUGCUCACAGGUCCUUGCAAGGGCCGCAGCUCCCGGCCAGUGAUUUGGAAACAGCAGAGUACAGAGAGGAAUCCAUCUCAGGACUACCAAUAGAGUCACUACAGUUUGCUAGUUCUUCUGCAGUGACUAGCCGGAAGAGCUUAGCAAGCACACAGGUGGCAAGGAUCCAGAGGGAAACAGAUUUCCUCAAAUGUGCGCACUGUUCUGCACCUCGCCUGUCUAACCCCUUGGCUCAUUUCUGUCAGGAAUGUGGAUCUCCUAUCCCACCUGUGCCAGUACGUCGCUUACCACCCCCUGAAGGAGCGCAGAUGGCACCAUGUCUUGAAUGCGGACAUCUUGUGCCAAUGAAUACGCCCACUUGCAUUGUAUGUGAGUCGCCAAUAGCUCCACAGCUGCAGCCCCAAACCAACAACUGCAUAAAGGGUAAAGUGAUUUGUCAGGCGUGUGGCACAGGAAAUCCUCUUCACCAUAAACACUGUGUGACUUGUGAAAGCAAACUGCCUGAAAUACAGACGCCCGUGUUUGGAGGAGACACCCCCCCGCCUUAUCCCAGCCAUCAGAGGAAGACAGUUUCGUGCUCAAAAUGCAAUCGUGUUAACCAGCGUGAUGCCCAUUUCUGUGACUGGUGUGGAGCCAAGCCCGGACCUCCUCCAUCCUACUUUACUUGUUUCAAGUGUGGCACAAGCAACCGUCCAUACGCUCGCUUCUGUGGGUCCUGCGGUGUUUACAUAGAGCCCCCAUCACGGGCUAAACAAUUUCAAGCUCAAGUUGCCUGGCAGCCUAGUCCUAUUUCCGUGCCCAAAUCAAAGGCAGAACUAAAAGAAAGAGAAGAUAAAGGAACCCAAACCAUUGGACUUUUUUACCCAUCUAGCAAAAUGCUGGAGAAGAAGCAGCUUGAACUGAUUUCACAAACAGAAAAACUGGAAAAGAUGAGUGAUCAUAAGCCUCUCCUGACAGCCGUUAGUCCUGGAAAAGGUUACUGGAGAAAACAGCUGGAUCACGUCUGCGCUCACCUCAGGAGCUAUGCUCAGAACAAUCUUGAAUUCAGAGCUCUGAUUGGGGAACCUCGAAUGGGAAAGAUUAAUUCUGCUACCAUCCAUGAGGAUGACCAUGAAGUCACUAUUACAUUGAAUUACGCUCUUGCUAUUAACAAGGAUAUUCAUACUAAUAAACCAGUGAAGUUCAGCAGUCAUUACCUGAAUACUGUAACAGAAGCCAGAGGUGGACAGGAGGGCAGUCAGAUGAGUUUUGGCAAAGAUGAUCAUAAUGUUUUCCACUCAGGAGGCAAAAUAAAGAGAACAAAGUCAAGAACACUUACAGAAAAAGAAGAGAAACUCCCCCCACAGUCCAGACAACUGCUGGACGAAUUGGGUCCAAAUGGGAAAGGAAGAAUCCCCGUGGUAGAACAAUUGCUCAGUGAAGGAGCUGACCCAAACCACACCAGCGACAAGGACCGACCUGCUCUCACGGCUGCGGUCCUUAAAAAGCACGCGGAACCAAUCUCCCUUCUCAUGCAGAAAGGUGCUGACAUCGACCAGCAGUCAGGACCGCACACCACCACUGCUCUCCACGAAGCAGUUCUGCUUGGAUCGGAGGGAGAGGAGUGCACCUGAGCCCUGUUACAUUGUGUCCCUGCAGGAAGAGGCAUCCAGAAAUUCUGAAGUUACUCCGCAUCAACACUUCACCUACAAGCCACUUCACUAAUUCCAGUAACUUGGAAUGAAUUUAAGUAGCUUAAAACAAUCUGUUCUUCAUCAAAAAGAAGAAUGCAAAAGGGCAAUCGGCAUAUGAUUUGGCUGUUACAGCUGGAAAUAAUGAAGUUAUUUCAUUGUUUGCAAGUAAAUUCAGACAGGGAAUGUUGGACAAACUUACAAAACCCAGGAGCAUUGGUCUCAUCAGUGUGCGAUGGCAACUGCCUCUUCCCCAAGACGGAGCUGGAGGUUCUUUAGGUGAGGGAGCACCUAAACGCGUGCCUCCAGUUCUGUCUGCAGAUUUCACAGUCCCACACGAUCAACCUGGGCCCUGCAACAGCCAGCUAUUUGGUACUAGGUUCCCCCAUUCCUUCCCAGCAGUUCAGAGCACAAUUCAUCGCUGUCCACGCUCUGUUCUGCAAGAUUUCUUUCCCUUUCCAAAUCUGUGCAAGGAGAGGGACCAACCAAACCUUUCAGGGCACAAGGACGUUUUAAGAGACCUGACGAACACCACUUAAGACAGUUUAACACUUGAGCAACAGCACUGCACCGUACUUUGAUUAGCU